AUUAAGGUGAGAAAAAAAUUGACAAGGGGGCAACUUUAAGGCACAGGCAGAUGGUAAAAGCCAUUAAGAGCGCAUCGCGCUUGUGUCAAGGUGAAGGAAUGAAUGCACAGAUGUCUUCUGGGAUCAUGCACUUACUUUUCCUGUUGGCUGUCAUCUUGUCCUGCCAAGGCUGUCCAGAAAAAUGCACUUGCUCCUUUCAAACGGUUCAAUGCCAAAACCAGGACUUGGACGUGAUUCCACAUCCCAUACCUGUCAAUACCACAUUUCUGUGGAUCACUGGAAACAACAUUUCCAACAUCAACCAGGACUCUUUUCCCGCUCGCUUGGAAUUACUAACAGAUCUUUACCUCAACGGCAAUGACCUGGAGGCCGUGGAGGAAAUGGUGUUUCAGAACUUGCCAAACCUGGAGCGCCUGGACCUGAGCAAUAAUAAAAUCCAAACUUUCAGUGAAAACGCGUUUCCGGGUGAGACUAAAUUACAAGUUUUGAACCUUAGUAGAUCUUUUCACAAUCGUUCCUCUGUGAGCGAGGUCCUGAGCAUCAUACAGAGCGGGAACCUCCUCCAGCUCACCGUCUUGGACCUGUCCGACAACGACGUUGUGCUUCUUCCAGAAGGUACCUUCACAGGCCUGUCGAAUUUAAUCAACCUCAACCUGCGGAACAGCUCCGUCAUCUCCAUCUCGAGUGGGAUCCUGAAGGUGCCCCCGCUGCGUGACCUCGACCUGAGGGACAACAGUCUCAGGAAUCUUCCCGGCAACACGCUGACUGAGCUCAACUUCAAGUCAGACCUUCACGUUCGCUUAGCGGGGAACCCAUGGCGCUGCGAUUGUUUAAUCGAGGACAUGCUGGUGUGGCUGAAGAACUCUACACAAGUCACCGACACAAAGAGCCUGACAUGUGCGGACCCCGUGCGACUGAGCCGCCGGCCGCUGGUGCAGGUGCAGACAUCCCAGCUUAAGUGUUCGGGCAACAUGGAGGGCGUGCUGGAGACCUCGUACGUCUUCCUGGGCUUGGUGCUGGCACUGAUUGGCGUCAUAUUCCUGCUGGUGCUCUACUUGAACCGGAAAGGCAUCAAGCGGUGGAUGUACAACAUCAGGGAUGCUUGUAGGGACCACAUGGAGGGAUAUCAUUACAGGUAUGAGAUCAACUCUGACCCACGUUUGGCCAACCUGAGCAUUAAUUCAGACGUGUGAGCGAGGACACAGUACUAUGCGGAACAUUGAUAUGACUUUACACUAUGAAAAGUUGCAUGACAGUCUUCCUGCCCUCCUGGUUCCCAAUUAACCCUUUCAUCACCUCUCCUUCUCAGCUGCAUGUGGUGUACCUGGUGAAUUUGCUCCCAUGUGCAUGAUCAUUGCAUGGACAAUCAAUCAUUAUGACUGCUUGAAAAGAGUGCGAUGCUCCACUGUUACCCAAAGGACAAAAAUAUGGAGAGCAUUGACUUUUAUGAAAGACAUGAGAAGAAUAUCUGGGUAAUAAUAAUCCACGUACUGCUGAUGAAUGCAUUCUUCUACUUAAGCCUCUGCUGAACAGAAAUGCUGUAUAGCCUGUAUGUGAUUUUUUUUAAUAAGUGAACUUGUGAUAAGUACCCCGAUUUAUUUGUAUGAUUAUAGUGCACAUUGCAUACUUUUUGGAUUUAUUAGACGGGUCUGUUUCCUUGUGAAUAUGUUCCGCUAAAUAAAAAGCAUCUGAAUUGCUUGUA